GGAUUUUCUCGAUAUUUAAACUCAGUGCAAUUAACUUUUUUAUUUAUAAAGGAAAAAAGGGCUUUCUACCUUCUUUUUUCCCUUUAGAGAGAUGCCCUUUGGUUUCAAUCACGAACUUGUUUGCUUGAUAUCAAGAAGCGCACUUUGGUCCUUCUUUUCUGAUAUCAAGCUUGAAAAUGUAUCCAACGUUCCUCCAGAGUCGCAACCACUUAUUGUGGCGGCAACCCAUCAUAACAUGAUUAUUGAUCCUGCUGUUCUCUCUGUCACAUUUCCCAACAAGCGUCGACUUCACUAUUGGGCAAAGGACUCGAUGUUCAAGUCACCUUAUGCUGCCGCCUUUUUAAAUGAUUGUGGGGUAGUCCCAGUUGACAGAAAAACAAAAAAUAAUGCACAACUUUAUGCAGCUACCUUUGAAGUCUUGAAACUAGGUGAAGCCGUGGCUGUGUUUCCAGAAGGCACUAGCCAUACUUUGCCCAGACUAGGCACUUUGAAGGAUGGAACGAGUUUUGCGGCUUUGGAAUAUGCCAAAAUUGUACAUCAGGAAGGUCGUGGUCAGUAUGCGCCUGUGUUGCCAGUAGGAAUUGUGUAUCCAGAAAAAUCAAAGUAUCGAAGUGUGGUUAUUGUAAAGUAUGGGAAACCUAUCUCGGUUGAACCUUAUUUGCCAUUGUAUUUGGAAGAUCCGAAGAAGGCAGCUAAACAGUUGACAAAGGCAAUUGAAGUAGCUAUGGAAAAGAUUACUGUCAAUGCACCUGACUGGGAUAGUAAAUAUGCAGCAGAUAUGGCGAGGUGGUUGUUGUUCCCAGGAGAGAAUGGCUUAAUGAAAGAUUAUAUACCAAUUACUCAAAGUCUAAUCAAUGCCAUGAAUACAUUAGCAAAAGAGGACGUAGAGAUGGCCAAACUUCAAAAAAGCCUUGUUGUAUAUAAAUUAGAGCUUGAGUCACUACUACUCAAAGAUAGUCAUAUUGCCAAGUACAAUGAAAAAGAGAUCACAGCAGUUUCGACUACAGUAGAACUCUUACGCCGCACAGCAGCCAGUCUGAUAGAUCUUCCCCUCUUUUUACCCGGAUUAGUUGCUCAUUUACCGUUAUAUGUGGCAGGCUACUAUGCGGGUAAAUGUGAGAUUUAUGAAGAAGUGCGAGCACAAAACAAGAUCUUUUUUGGCAUGGUCUUGGUUCCUAUCAUUUACAUCACCACCUUCAUCUGGGGCUGGUUCACAUUAUUCGGAGGCACCUUCUUUGGCUUCUUUUGUGCCUUGGCGACAUUAGGUGUCUUUAUGUGGUAUCAUGUCGUGUCGAUUGAUGAACGGUAUGAAAACUUUAAAGAUUUACAAGGUCGCUGGAGACUAUUUGAUGCUGUCGUGCUCGGUAGAGGCAUGUGGCGUAGAAAAGAGCGUAUUUUAGAAUUAAAAAAGUUGCGUACAGAGUGUCUGACAGAACUACGCAAGAUGAUCAAGACCUACAAGACAAAGAAUGACGAUAUUCAUGUCAUCUGGUUGGCUAUUCGUAAUAGGGUGAAGCAGUUUAAUGAUGUAUCCAAACUUCGGUCUAAAAAGAAGGCGCUUGCAAAGCAGUAUGAAUGGUGUUUUGAAGGUUAACUAGAAGACUAAUGAAU